UCUGAGAGCAGUGCUGGGCGCUCAGGGACUGGACAUAAACAAGCGCGCAAGUGCCGGGGUGGACGCGCUUGCCGCUGCCCUUUUGAAAACACUUUGCGAGAGCCGCUGCCCGGGCCUGAGGAGCUGGUGCUCGCUGCUGCGCGCGCCAGCGGGGGUGAAGUUGUGAGGCUCCGCGGGUGGGCGGAGACAGAACGCGGAGCCUCUGCUGAAGCGGCGGCGCGAGGAGGAGGAGGAGGAGCCCGGGCAGGGGGCUGCGGCGGCGGCUGCUGCAGCGGUGGCUGCAGGUAGUGGCAUGUGCUGGAGGGAUCUGCAGUGUGAUUGACAUUCCGUGGUGCUUCCUCUUUAUUUUCUUCGCACAGGAGAAGAGGGCUUUGCUUUCACCAUGUCAAAGAGGAUUAAUGAUGUCGUCUCUUUCCAUUGUGUUCCCCACCUGUCGUCUUGGUAGGAUCUAGCUACAGAAUGAACAUAGCAGCGGUGUUUAAUGCCCUGCUAGUGUCUGCCCUUGCAGCUGUGCUGUGGAAAUACAUCAAGCUGCGAGAGCACGUCUUUGUGGUUGAAGAAGAGUUGGUCCUCACUCGCCAGUCCCAGGAACUCUCUCAGGUCCAGAUUGACUACCAUGCGGCUCUUCAGGCCCUGGUGGAGGACGGUACCAGGAUGGUGUGCACAGGAAGGAUGCACACAGAUCGCAUCUGCCGCUUUGAGUCCCUCUGUUACUCCACUGAGGCAGAGGAAUUUGUCUUCUUUCACAGCAACGCGUCAGUUAUGCUUCCCAACCUUGGCUCCAGGAGAUUCCAGCCUGCCUUGCUUGAUCUCUCCUCGGUGGAGGACCACAACACCCAAUAUUUCAACUUUGUGGAACUGCCAGUUGCUGCAUUGAAAUUCAUGCCAAAGCCGGUCUUUGUGCCUGAUGUGGCGCUCAUCGCCAACCGAUUCAACCCGGACAACUUGAUGCAUGUCUUCCAUGACGACCUCCUCCCGAUCUUCUACACCAUGCAGCAGUUCCCAGACUUGGAUCUGGAGUCACGACUCUUCUUCAUGGAGGGGUGGAAUGAAGGCCUGCACUUCGAUCUCUACAAGUUACUGAGUAACAAACAGCCACUUCUCAGAGAGCAGCUUAAAACCUUGGGCAGGCUCCUUUGUUUUACCAAAUCUUACGUCGGGCUGUCCAAAAUCACCACAUGGUACCAAUAUGGAUUUGUUCAGCCACAAGGACCAAAGGCGAACAUCUUGGUUUCUGGCAAUGAGAUCAGGCAUUUCUCCAAGUUCAUGAUGGAGAAGCUGAAUGUCAGCUUGGAAGAAAGUGCCAGUGAGGAGUAUAUUGUAGUAUUCAGUCGAACAAUCAACAGACUAAUCCUAAAUGAGGCAGAACUAAUCUUGGCGCUUGCCCAGGAGUUUCAGAUGAAAACCAUUACAGUCUCCAUAGAGGACCAUUCGUUUUCUCACAUUGUACGUCUGAUCAGCAAUGCAUCCAUGCUGGUCAGCAUGCACGGAGCCCAGUUAGUGAUGUCUCUCUUCCUGCCAAGAGGGGCCACUGUCGUGGAGCUCUUUCCUUAUGCGAUCAACCCCGAACACUACACCCCAUACAAAACACUGUCAGCGCUCCCUGGCAUGGAUCUCCAGUACAUUGCCUGGCAGAACACUGAUCAGGAAAACACUGUAACCUUUCCUGACAGGCCAUGGGACCAGGGAGGAAUUGCUCACUUAGACAAGGCAGAGCAAGAACGCAUAAUAAAGAGCAAGGAGGUUCCACGCCACCUCUGCUGUCGGAACCCGGAAUGGCUUUUCCGUGUCUACCAGGAUACAAGAGUUGACAUCCCUUCCCUUAUCCAGGUGAUCAGGCAAACUGUGAAAUUAAAGCCUGGACCCAAGAAGCAGAAGUGGACCAGUGGUCUGUACCCUGGCAAGGUUAGGGAUGCUAAGUGUCAAGCCUCUGUCCAAGGUACUAGUGAAGCGAAGCUCUCGGUGUCUUGGCAGAUCCCCUGGAACCUUAAGUAUCUGAAAGUCAGGGAAGUAAAAUAUGAAGUGUGGAUACAGGAGCAAGGUGAAAACACUUACAUGCCUUAUAUUUUGUCACACCAGAAUCACACCUUUUCAGAAAACAUUAAGCCAUUCACGAUAUAUCUGGUGUGGAUCCGCUGCAUCUUCAACAAAAAUCUCCUUGGACCUUUCGCAGAUGUGCUCUUGUGUAGUACGUAACCCUCUCUCUCUCUCUCGUGUGUCGAGUCCUUCCGUGCACCCCACCCCAUCAGUGGUUUUAAAAACCUGUUGUCCUGUAGUUUUCUUUAGAGGGCUGAAGAGGACCAGACCAUGCCAAUUCCGAAGUGCCCAUUUUAUUGCAUUUAAUAUGUGAAUUCUCUAGGUGGCAUUUAUUUCCAUUUGGUGUAAGAGCUCUCUGUUCCUGAACGUAACCUCCAGAAAUGAAAUUACAAGCUGAAUACCUGUAAUUUGAAAAGCAGAAUGGAAGUGAAUCGUGUGUAAUUUGCUAGUGAUUUGAAUCUUUGUCGUGCAGUGAGUAUUUAAGUGCAGCAUUAAACUACAAUUAUAUGGCUAGAUGGACAAUUGUCAUCGUCUUUCCCAUUAUAACUUAUUUUUAAAAGCUGUAUCUGUAACUCAAGUACAGGAUUUGGUACAAGAGUAUUCAUUAAAUUAUUGUAAACCCCUUCAAGAGUUCUUUCCUCUUCGUAUCUGUCAAAAUGAUAGUUUUGUAAGAAUUAUCCAAGAUCAGGGUGAAAUGUAUGUGUGGGUUGCGCUUUCUCUCUCUUUCUCUCUUUUUUCCUUCUCUCCAUAUUUUGGCUGAAAGGAAUAAGACUGCAGCAUCAAUUCUGUUUAAAAAUCAGGUUUUACUCUACCCCAGUAGCAACACAAAAAACU